AGUGAUAGGUGUAAAUUUAGGUAGGCCAAGAAAACAAAACAAAGAAUUCCUCGUUUGCAUGCAUGGCGCGGCAGACAGGGGAAAAAAACAACCGUAUCUUCAGCUCCACGCUAUUAUAGCCCUUUUUCCCUAACAUCAACACAUAUAGACCGUCUUCCUCUUUUUUUUUUUUUUUCUAUUCAGUCUUUUGUGUUUCCCCAGGUGCUCAAUUGUACCUCUUAACCAAUUUUUUAAACAAGAAAAAGUUAACAAUUCUAGCCCUAGUUUUGACUUGGGUUUGAAAUUUGGGCUUUCUAUAAAUCUCCCCUGUUUCCUUCCAUGUGCAUCCUCCCUCUCCUUUAUUAUAACAGACAUACCAAAAAAAGAAAAGAGGUCAAAAAAUGGUGUCUUUAAGUUUUAGUUCCUUUAUGCUUGUUAUGUUACUCUUCAUUUUUCUUACCAUAAAGGAUACAAUUGCUCAUACUGAUGACCAAGCUAAACAAAUAGUCCAUGAGGCUGAAAAUUACAACGCCAGUGAUCUAAAGAGUUAUCUUAGUGUGAAAAAGUUAAAAUUGAAAUUUCAGCAAGUUUUGGAGAGUGUACCGGCAGCUGCUGAAUUCAGACUGGGAGGAAGAAAAAUGAUGAUAGAGAUAAAAAAAGACAUGAAGGAAGUGAAGAAAGGUGAAUCAUCAGGAAACUACAAUAGGCCUCUUGGUCAUGACUCGCGAAAGAACUUACAUUAUCAGGGCAAUGACAGUGAUUCAAUGAAUUCAGCAAGUACACACAACUCGAAGAACGAUGAUCAAUCUGAUGAUAAUGGAUCAUUUCAGAAGAUUGAAUCAGAGAAAUUUGUGGACGAUACGACUGAGUUAUUCACCAUGAUGAACAAGGACUAUGUUGGAGGUCCAGGAUCAGGAAGCAAACCCCGUCACAAGCCCCCAAUCAACAAUUUCCAGCCUCUCCACAGAUCAAAUCCUUAAAAUUAUGUAAAAUUUUUGGUUUUGGUUCAACAAUUUUGGCCUACUCCAUAAGUCAUAGGAGGAAAACUAAACAAUACACUAACCCAAUUUUGGAACAAUUUUGCUUGGUGGCAUGUACUAGUUAAUACUAUAAUUUAGUUUUUCUA